UGCCGUCACUGAUACGGAUGCUCUGGUUAAAAAGUAUUGUUGAAGUGCUUAGGGUUAGUUCUGCGGAGUGUGUAUCUGUGGGCCGAUCCUCAAAGCAUCAUUGUGUGUGGAGUGGAGAUUCUGCUUGCGCGAGUCGACUGCGCUCGCCUGUGCUCCCGCGAGAGUUUUCACGCGUUUGUUCUCGCCUCGCUGUUGCAAUCGCUCGCCUGUCUGCUGCCCGCUCUUCUCUUAACACAAUAUUUAUUUCCCACAUCGCCGCCGCUAAAGUGUUCUGUCCGCAUCGAGGACGAUCGGAAUAAAAUAUCUCGGGACGCUGACAUUACGGCACACAAUCAAUACAUCCUCUCUUGACGAGUAGGGCAGCCGCCGGUUCCAUAACAAUUUGCCAGCGGUGUCCCGUUGGGUUUGUUUGUGCCUGCUUCAGCAGCAUCUGUACCGCCGCGUUCGUGCCUCAGGGGCGCGGUGUAAGCGUCCAUUGCGCCUCGCUUUGUCUGUUUUUCUGUUUUCUUGGCGUUAUGUUCAGCCCCGGUCAGCAAGGAUGUGUCGGUCGCUUAUCGCCGGAAGAUACGCGAGGCCCAGCUUAUAUGAUGCUCGCGAAGCGCUGCUCCUUGCGUGGCUUUCUGCGAAACCCAGUGAAAGCCAAGACAACAGAAAGGUGUCGAAGCGCCGGAGAACUCAACAAGAUGAAGCACGCGUAAUGCAAGCUCUGUUGAAUUACAGCUUACUUUUUUUUUUUUUUUCGGCCUCCUUUUCUUUUUGCGAGUGUCGACCGCGGCUACUGUUAAACAGGCGUCUAGCACGGAAAUCGAUAUAUCGAGCUGCAGCUCGUCGGGCCGCGCAUUACGGAACGUGUAGCGGUUGUUUCACGGACUGGCCAGACAAGGAAAGAAAAAAGAAAGUGACGAUCACCGCCCGCGACGAUGCCAAUUACGCCGAUUAAAAUUCCGCCGAGCCGCCGCGUGAUACCGCCGUUGCGUUCUCGUUCAGAGAAGCCAGUGCGGCUUGAGGCGUCACUUUGAAGAACAAGCUUUCACACUUUGCCCGUCACGGCAACGUUCUGCGCUCCCGCAUCCUGUCUUCUUCGAUUCUUUCUUUAGUUUCUCCUUGGAGGCCGUGCCAUGAGUUCCCGGAAGCGGCCCCGCCCGGGCAGCGUCUCUUAAGCUUUGCCGGGGCAGCAAUGUCUGCCAAGGCCCCAUACUACUACAGUGAGCUGGGGCCCGACAAGAGCCCCGUGGGGGCGCCGCCACCUCCUGAUGAGCCGCCUGCAGGGCUCAAUGGCGGCACCCCGCCUCCGGGCUCUUCGGCUUCGGAGUCUGCAGCCGCGGACACAUCACCCGUCGGUGACCAGGGCGGCGGCUUCUUCAACCCGCUACUCUCGAUUGAGCCCGAUGUUUCAGUGCCAGACACAUCACCAAAGCGCAGCACUGGUGGCAAUAACAACAACAAAAAGAAAAAGAAAGCCAAGAAAAAGGGUGGAUCUCCCAGCAAGUCCAAUGGCAUCUAUGGCACGACCACAGCAUAUGCACGCCAGCUGCUUUUUGGCUCCAGCAAAGCCAACAAUGGGAAUGACAAGAAGAACCGUCGGGGCUCUGAGCCCAACAUCUACGAGGAGAUAACGGACGCCGAGGAACAGUACAGUGCUGCGCGGAGUGAACAGUGUCUGCGGGCGGGCGGUGCUCCAACGAUUCCGCGGCGACCUCGCCCGCCACCUUAUGAUGGUGCGCCGCCACAUGUGCGCGAGGAGGUGACGCGGGUGCACCGCACGCAUGCGCACAUCCUCGAGAACCUCAACCUUGAUGUGGAGACCAUGUUGAUGCCGGACGCUGUGCCGCUGAGCGAGGUGCGGGGUGGGGGGGACCAGCAGCAACGGGGCAGCAGUGGGGACUAUGGAACGUUGGGGACCAAGCUGGGGAGACCGAUCGGGGACCCCCACCACCAUCAUCCACACACGACGUGGAGACGCGUGAUGAAUGAGUACGUGGAGCAUCGAUCGGCACCCGGGGAGCUGCAGGGUGGCACGCUGCCGGCGAGGGCAUCCAAGCUGCACCGCAUCCCUUACGCUAGUCACAAAACAUUCCAGCAGCCUUGCCAGUCGGCACCGCCUCCUCCUCUCCCCGCUGGGUCAGCGUCCGCCAGCCCUUAUGGGCGCGCGGUGCUGCCCAGUGGCAGCGAAGCGGGCACCGCACCCCUGCCCGAGCCUCUGUACAUGCUCUACGACGACACGCACAAGCGGAGAACCACACCGCUGCUUGCCGCUGCAGAUGCAGGGAUGCGUCCUGAGGACAACAUCUACGAGGAGGUGGACAUCUACCGACGAGACACCAUCACCUGCGAGGAUGGCUACAGCGCAGCUGGCUCCGAGCUGGGCCUGGACCACUCGGAGAGCUCGGAGGAAGGUGACCUCACGGGCCGAGUACGCCGAGGCUCACGCUUGGGCAGUGGCAGCAGCAAGCCGGGCAAGAAGCGCAAGGAUUCCGACCUGACCAGCAGCUUCACACGCUUCUUCUCCACCCGACGGAAAGAUUUCGAUUCUGACAAGUUGGGGAGCCGCAUGGGAAGCCGCCAGUUGUCAGAGGAUGAAGGCUAUGGUGAUGUGAAAGCGCCCAAAAAGCAGCGACCUCCAUUGACUCUGCCAGCUGUGCCUCCUGGCCUCACACCUGAACAGAUCAAGAGGCGACUCAUUGUAAAUAAUAUAGUUGAAAGCGAAAACUCAUACGUUGGAUCUCUUCAGAGGCUUAUCUUUGACUUCAAGCGCCCGCUGAUGGCCAGCCAGCCUCCGCUUGUGAGCCAGCGCAAGGUGGACACCAUGUUCUUCCGUCUGGAGGAGAUCCUGCAGUGUCACACGCUCUUUGGCAUCGCCCUCACCCAGUGCGUCUGCGAAUGGGACAAGGAAGAGCGCAUAGGCGAAGUCUUUCUCGCCUCGUUCUCGAAGCCAAUUGUACUCGACAUCUACAGCGACUUCAUCAACAACUUUAGCACAGCCAUGGAGACAGCGAAGCAAGCAGCUAAGAGCAAGUCUGCCUUUGCAGAAUUCCUCAAGAUGAAGCAGAUCUACAGUCCUGACCGGCUGUCAUUCUUCGGCCUCAUGGUGAAGCCUGUGCAGCGGUUUCCACAGUUCAUCCUACUCCUUCAGGACCUGCUGAAGCAGACGCCCAAGGGCCAUGAUGACCGGAUGUACCUGCAGCUGGCCCUGACCCAGCUGGAGCAGCUGGCUGAGGCGCUCAACGAGCGCAAGCGCACGGCCGAGCAGCAUCAUGCCGUCCUGCAGGUGCUCGGGUCGCUGGGCUCCAAGUUCUCACUCAAGGCACUGGCAGCAGCUUCCUCAACAGUGGACAGCACAGAUCACUUCCUUUUGCGGCAAGAUGACGUACUACAGCUGGAAGUUGACCAGAGCGGGCUUGUUGUCAAGUCGAAACCGCGGCGUAUUUUCCUGCUGAACGACCUUCUUGUCUGCGUCACAGUGACCUCAAGGCCAUCGGAAGGGGGCCAGGGUGGCAGGGAGCGGCUGAGUCUCAAGUGGGCAGUGCCCCUGCAGGACGUGGAUGUGCAGGAGGACAUUGCCCCGGCCACUCGCAACCUCCUCGCCUCCUCCGGACGGGCACGAAACUCGGCGGGACGCCUGGUGCCGCUGGGACACCCCGAAGGUGCAGGUUCCAUGCAAGUGCUGUACGAUGAGCUCACUGACCUUGUCCAUGACCUGGAAGUUGUGAGCCGGAUUGCUGUGCUAGUCAAAUCACUCAGGAGACCCUACACGGAGAUCUCGGUGGAGAGCGUCCAAAGCAUGGCACGCAGCAUCCAGGACUCGGUGCGCCAGAAGGAUGAGGAGAUAACCCUGCUCGACAGCUGCUGUCUGCAACUGGCACUCCCACAGAAGUCUAAGUCCCAGAAAGUACAAGUUAGUUUCCAGCUGUCAAGCCCUGCUGUUAAAAGAGACUGGACUACUGACCUGCGCCUCGCAAAGCUGGCUUUGGACCCCAACAACAUGCCAGCUUGGGAUGUGCCAGAACUGGACAAGCGGCCGUCCAGCAAGCUACCUCUUCUCGUUCGGUUGACGCCCCUCUACCCUGCCUCAACGCCCACAGAGGUCAAGUGUGGCUGCUUCUACAGUGUGGCACCCACAACGCCGGGCGGCCUUCGGGGCCAGUACCUGUGGCUGUGCAGCACCGACGGCGUUAACAGCCACCUGGUGAUCCUGUCGCUGCAGCAGAUCGCCCUGCGCUCGGUGGGUGCCUUCGACCUGCCCGAGUCCCGCAUCGCGGCCAUGGAGGCCGUGCCACCUGCCCCGGACCCAGAUGUCAGCCCGCCUCAGCCUCCGCCUCCGGGGGCUGCCGAGACUGUGUGGAUCACCACCGAGACGAAGAGGUUGAUCCUGCUGCUGGCUUCAUCUCCGGACAAGUGGACUGAAGUAGGCAGCACCACAGUGGUAGCACCUGUGACCCAGAUACUUUACCACUGUGAACGUGUGUAUGUGGCCCUGAGCAACGGCUCUCUCAAUAUCUACCAGAGGGACCCAGCAACUGGUGCGUGGGAUCUGGAAUCCCCUGGUGUUCUCGUCCUGGGUACGGAGCCCAUAACGUCCCUACUUCCCCUGGGAGCUCUGUUGUACUGCGCCUGUGCAGACAAGAUCUACGUGCUCGACGCAUUUACGUCAGACAUACAGAGGACGCAUACAUUGAACCAAGAGGAAGGUGGCCAAGCCUACCUCAUGGCUCAUUCAGGCACGGGUCUUUGGAUUGCACUGAAGAACUCGUCUCGCAUCAGCCUCUACCACACAGAAACCUUCCAGCACCUGCAGGAUGUGGACGUUGCUGAGGGUGUCAACCGCUUCCUUUCAGCCAAGCAAGGCAGCGUGCGGCCAGCGGUGACAGUGACCUCCCUGGUGGCUGGCCCGGGCCUGCUCUGGGUGGGCACGAGCGCCGGGGUGGUGCUAACGCUGCCGCUACCUCGCCUCGAGGGCGUGCCCAUCCUGGGAGGCCGCACCUACCUUGCGCACCAUGGACACCGAGGACCCGUCACCUUCCUCCUGUGCCUCCAGCCACGGGUGCACCCGUCUCGUCGUGGAUCCAGCAGGGCCCAGCAACACAGGACUUCGGUUGCCCCAGAAGAGGCGGGUGCGGAGCAGCUCGCGGAAGAAGGUGAAGAGGAGGAAGAAGAACUGGCCAAAGCUGCAAAGGAUGUUGAAGGAGGCGAUGCUGUGACAGAGGAGGCAGAGCUGGACGCAGCCAGCACGAGUGGUGUUCAGAAGCAGAAGUCAGACUCAGUCUUGCCCUCUACACCUGCCAGCCACAAGCUGGGAACAAGGGCGCUUCGUCGGACGGCCACUGAGAACAUACACAUGUCGGGUGCCAAGACGCUUCCCCGCGGCCUCUCCCUGUGUGCCCGGGCCAGCGCUGCAAGCGGGCUGACCCUGAGCAGCGCGGGAGGCGUGAGCACUGACAGCGGCAACGACAGUGGCAGCAGCCCCGAGGCGAGCCGCAGCGAGGUGUACGGCCUGUACGCAGACCUCAUGAAUGUGCAUGACUACGAGAGCCACGAGCAGCUCAACCGCAGCGACCCGGAGCUCAUGCACUUCCACUUCGCGACACUGGGGCGCAGGUCGCACCGACCCGGUCGACCACGUUCCUGGGACCUCUCCACUAUGGAGGUGUCGGGAGACUCCGACUCGUCCGCAGCCACUUGCGACGCCCACAACGCAGCCAAUGCGGCUGCCCAGGCUGCUGCGGCGGCGCAAGGUGGCGUCGUACUUCAGGCAGCUGGCACCUCAUCUUCUUCAUCUGACGCGGGGCCCAAGUCAUCAUUCGCAUCGUCACCGUCACCAUCACUGUCAUCGGUCGAAGGGCCGGCGUACGGCACAUUGCGGCAGCCGCGGCGACCAGGUCAGCCUGUGCCAAGGGGAGCGCACCAUUCGGGUUCAGGGGGCAGCGCAGACGGCGGGCCACAAAGCAAGACGCUACUCACUUUGACUGGAGGUUGCGGCUACGUCAAUUGGCGCAGGGCAGUUGGUGAUCACCUGGCCACCUCACCCAGUGGCGAUGCCCUCGUGCUCAUCUGGGAGAUGAAAGUCUGAAGCCGGAUCGCCAUCGCAGUCUUUUUUUCAUUUCUCAGCAGGACAUGGCCAAGUUGCUUCGCGACUAUGUAUGAAGACGGAUACGUAGGGUUUUUUUCCCCCUUCGUGAUGCAGCUAGCUUCUCUCUCUACCAACUUGUGCAAGGCACUUGACGGUUGGGUGAUAACGCUCCUCACCUUUGAAGGUUGUGUGCAUGCAUUGAAGUGGGUUUUGGUCGAGAAUGGUGGAGACUGAAGGUGAUUCUGGAAAGAGAGCUUGAAAACCUCCACGCCAUUGCGCUACUUUCAGGAGCCAUUUUUACUCAAGUUUGGGUCAGUUUUGUUUUGCUCUGUAUUUGCUUUUAGUUUGGGGCACGAAACAUAACGUUGAUAUAGAUACUUUCUUUGUUUUCUCUAUCUUUCUGUUUGAAGAACGAAAUUGUCAGUGUGGCACCAUACCAAAAGAAAGCUUUAUUAUUAUUUUUUAAAUUCUUCGAUAACAUCUUUUCGUGUUGGAGACUUCUGGAUUGUCAACUUCUUGGCCACUGUCACAUGCAAACAAAAAGCAGCUGUGCGUUUGGCACAUUGACUUGUUGAGCAAAGGCUGGCUGAGCUGAGUGGAAGCAGAAAAGGGGUGCAAAUUACCAUUGUGUAACCCUGGCUGCUACAUGUUCAGAUAAAAUCUGUUGAGGUAGUGCAGUAAGUACAUUUGUGAAUGCUAGAUGCUUUUUAAUUGGUCAGGGCUUGUCCUUGCUCAACAUGAUGCACAGUGCAGUCCACCCUUGGAGCAAAAAAAAAAAAAAUUCAGAAAGAUUUGUUAGAGGCUGGCCAGGUGGUAUCGACUAGUUGAUGAGUCCCAUCUCGAGUUUCCUAAGGAGCUCACAUUUAUGACUAGCGUGUGUAGUGACGAAAUAAUGUCGCGACGGGAAGUCAACGUCCACUCUCCUUCCUUCUGACCUCUAGAAUUUUCUGCGGGAUGCUUCUGAGCAAAGAAAGAAAUGUUUAUAGCGUGCGAUAGGGGGGAGCCUUCUCUGCUGGGUUUUUAGAAACGGGUUUUUUCGAUGAUGCGCCUUGCUGCCAGCUGUGUGCCGUUGCCAUGUUCUUGGCAAAUGUAGGCUUGAGCCCGAGAGGAUAGCAUAUUGAAAUUGCACCUUGGUGUUUUAUUGUGCUCAACUGUCAUCCUCCAUCGUCGCAGAAGUGUUACACAGCCAAAGCUUGUUGUAGUAGUAGUAGUCGCCUAACUUUCCACAUGAACAAGAAAUAUGUUUUGUCUCCAAAAAGAGAAUGUGUGAAGGAACUGCAAAAUAACGAAAGGCAUCACGAGUGUUUCACAACAUGAGGUACAUUGUUCUGGUGGCACACGACUGUGUGUCUGCAGACUUCUUUCUUCUUCUUCUUUUUUUGUGACGCUCCGUGUGACUGUUCUCUUGCAUUUCUGUUUGAUCUGUCCUCGUAGCUAAGCUUGGACGCUCUAGAAGACUGGAUUGCGAACCUUCACACACUUCAGUGGCACUAGAGAUUUAGUUGGCCUAGUUUAUUUCUGCAGUUUUGGUGUCACCAAAGUACCUUUCAUCAUUGUAUAUGGAAUUGGUGGAAGCCGAGAUUCAUUCAAAGGCUAACAUAAGUAUUGCGAAGCAAGUGUGUUGUGCCUUCCCCUGGUUUUUUUUUUUUUCUCCUCGCAUUCAUUUUGAGCUGCGGGGCAGCACUUCAUGCGCUCCUGCUGCCAUUGUAGGAGUGGUUAAAGUUCAUGCCCCAGUUGAACAUUUCAUGUCCAAGUGGGUGCCCUACUCAGCUUCACGUGGAUCUUGUCCGCGUGUUUCACCACUGCCCUAUCCAUUGAUUAUGUUUUACAAUGCUCGUAAUGACUUCUGUAGCUGGCAUUUUCUGCGUUUCCUUUCUGCCGUGGCUUGUGGUUUCUGAACAAAGACGCAUACAUGAAGAACUUCCUGAAGCUUGUGGUAGCAGACAUUGUUUUGUUUGUUUUUUUGACAAUACAAAACAGUCAUUACGGUUUAUUCAAUCCUAGGCAUUUUGUCACACGCUAAAGGGUGCCCUUGAUAAGCUUUUAACAACCUGUGGUUGCCCUGUCUGUGGCAAGCCAUUAUUUACUUGUACAUUUAAGUAUUCAUUUUUUUCUCGAGAUUUAAGUCCUCUUUACGGUGUCUGGUAUUCUCGUCAAUAACUCCACCUGGUUAGCUCCACUGGCCGUUCCUGACAUAAGCAGAGCGGUACGGCUCCCAAGUUAACAACAUGGCUUCAACAGAAUGCUGGUUUGAAUGCUUGAACUACAUUCCCUCAAAAAUGUGCCUCAGUUUGAAAAAUUUCCUUUCAUCAAAAAAAAAUAUAUAUAUUCUUCCAUUUAGAGUUGUUGCAUUAUCCACUCUCAUUUGCUAGUUAAUGGCCUUUCUGUUUGGUUGUUGCAUCCGCAAUCUGGCAGGAAAAAAGUUUUACCUCCCCUUCCUCCCUGCGUUGGGGACAGCCAUGAAGGCAGCAACCACAGAUAAGUGCUGAUUAUUUUCGUGCAUAAUCUCGGAUGUUUGCUUUAAAUGUAUUAUGCACGUGUAAGCAGAUGCCGGGGUAGGCACGCACUAGCCGAGUAGUUCUCCAGCAAGCCCUAUGCUAUGCAACACAGGGGAAUGCGGAGAAGGUGGUACUUCGGGAAGCCCUUGCAACUUUCGACUCUGCGUUAAGCUGGAGUCGACAGUUACAACCUUUGUGGAAAGCCAUUCCUGCUGCAGCACCUCGGGGGUGUUGCACUCCCUGCAAAUCCCAGUUAGGAGUGUGUUGUGUGCGCAAGAUUUCUGGUGGGAGCAGCUAAUGCAUGUAGUACUUGCAAUAUCUGGCGAGCUAGCCGGGUACGCAGUACCAUUGUAAAAUGGGAAAAGUAACACAAUAGAACUUUAUCUACACAUUCCCGGUUCAUGCAUGUUCCCGGUUUAUGCAGUCAUGGUCAAAAACAUUUUGAUAUGCACCCCCUUUCGGAUCAUCAAAUUCAUACCGUGCAUUGUCUUGGAAGAGCACUUUGUCUUUCGCUCGCUCUGUCUAUCAUGGUCGAAGUACAUUGGUGAGGUUGUACUGUGCUUUGCUGAUUAUCUUCUUCAUUAUUUUGAUUUUGUAUGGAGUUUGGGUUGCAAACCGUUUCGGUUGCAUCUCCAGCCAGUGAAAUAGCCAAGUAGUAUAUGGUAUUGGUUUUGUCUAGCAGAUUUCCUCCUUUCUUCUUGUGCAUCGAUAUCUUGACAAAAAAAGAAAAGGAAAAGCUUGUUUAUAUUAUAUUCCCACAUCAUUUCAGUGGCCUCUUCUCCUAAGCAUAAUAGCUAGAACAUGCCAGCCUCGGGAAUUUCGUUCAUUGGCAUAACUUACUGGUUCUUAAUGUCUUCACCUGGUUUUAACAUUAGGGGCUCGAGGCUUUUAUUUUGUAUCUAUCACUUUGGGCAACCACUCUUUUUGUAUGUCUCCCAGCUUGCCCAUGGAAAGAACUGUGUAGUUGGCAAAUUUUAUUUAUUUCGAAUUCACUUCAGGCUGCAUUGUGGUGAAGGUCACUCCUUGUAAAUGAUUCCACUUGUUUUCUUUUUUCUUAUUUUGGUUUGUGCUAUCCAGCAGCACAUGAACAACAGCUUUUAUUGUCACAUUAAGGGGCCUUUGUAAACUGCUUCAUUGUCUGGCCUUUGCGGCUCAUUAGCACGUUUGCAUUUUGGGUACUCUUGGCAGCUUGCGCGUUAGCAGCAGGACUUUGUGAACUUUGAGCAGGAAACACUUGUGGUUACUUUCCUUGGCCGUGCAACGUUCACUGGUGCGAUAAUAUACAAGGUAUGGAAACGGGUCAGCAGUAGAACAAGCACAUAAUUUUGUUUCUCCCAGGGUACGUUUCACUCUUCACAUCAUCAUAAGAAAAUCAGCCCCCUGCCCCCUCCCGGCGUCUGUAUGCUAUGUUCCUAAACUACUCUUUGCAUCGCUGUGCUUUUGUUCCUAAAUACCAAAGGCCGUUUUGUCAUUAUUUUUUUUUAUAUAGCCAGCAGCAAACUUAUGCCAGUGCCCUUUUCUUUUGUUUCCUAAAAUAAGCCACACAUUAAAGGCGUGCUUUGAACAGUUCACACAUUUGUUUGGGAGCCUCUUGCUUGGCAAUACUGUACUGCAGACCUCAAGAGGGCACCCACUGUAGUUGUACAACGAUUUUCUUUUUUCAUUUGAUUCUUUUUUUCAUUUUCGUUGUCUGCUGCACCAUCUUUCUGCUGCUUCUGGCGAUGAAGUAGGCAGUGCUCCACUGAAGCUGGUGACGAAAGGUGAAAGGAGUUGGUUUGGAGCACCCAGUAUUGAUUGAGAAAUCCGAGCUGGAAUUGCCAUUUGCCGCUCACAUGUGCUGCCAUUUGGAAAGUUUUUUUUUUUUUUUUUUGUUGGCCGCGCUGCACUGCCACCAAAGCGCAAGAAUGAACAACGUAAGAAAAUACACGAGAAAGCAAGUUGCUUUUUGCUAGUCAUUUUCGCUUUUAAUUUCAUGCUAAUUUUUUUCUCUCUCUCACAUUAAUGAAGCAGCUUCAGUGUUUCUAAAGCUUUAAUGUUUUGCAAGAACAUGUCAUACUGUAUCAUUGCACAGAAAAAAAAGUGCCACAUUUGUUUGUAUGGUGGAAUACACGCAUUCACUUACUUUUGUCAACCUUUCAGCGCACAGUCGUUCUAUCUUGCGCACUGUAUGUUUUUGUUGUUUGUUUGAGCUACACGAGAAGGUUGAUGAGUACUGAAGCCACAUCAGGGUGUUCUUGCAAGCCACCACAAACGCUGUUUGGACGCUGCCUCUUAUUUUUUUUUUUUUGGACUGCCAAUUUCAAUUCUCCCUAUGACUCUGUGCUCAAGCUGGCUUUGUGUAAUGCACGCAAGCCAGCAGCAUAAGGUUGUGUCUGCCACUCUUGUAUGGUGGCAGAAACAGCAGCUCUCAAGUAAAUCUUUAUGCUUGCAUUUUCAAUGAGCAGGAGGAAAAAGAGAAAAAGAACUGUUAAGAAAGGCAAGAGCAGAAGUGUAGUCAAGAGGUCCUACCGUCUUUCCGGGUACUUUGCGGUUGUGGGCGAGCCAUUGCCGUCAGAAUUGUCGCGCUUGGGUUGCCACUAGAUGUGGGCCUUUACAUCGUGGAUGGGCUGAAAAUCGCACAGGUCUAGUGCAGUAGCCCAGUGCUUUAAUAAUGUGCAAAAAACUUUCUCUUGUGCCUCUGGUUUCAUGGUUUAUGAUUUCCAAGUGUUCCCGCAAGAAUCGCCAUUGUCUCGGCACAUAGAUAGCACAAUUCCGAAACCUUACUCCUUCUCUCAAGUGUGCCUGCUAGAUAGCCAGUAUUAGCUUGUUUGCAAAGACAUAUAGAGGAAGUGUUUCUCUUUUAUUUUCACUUUCUAUGUGUGUGUACUGCUACUGCAGUGAAACCUCAUCGCAGGCACAGUAAAAUUUUUCUCGCAAUUGCCAACUUCAAAGGUAGAGUCGCACAAUACACACAUUGGAACACUAGAUGCUUGUAUGUCGUAGUAACCUGCUGCUGAAGUUGCUGCAAUGAGGUUUCACGGUUGCACUAGGAACCUUGUAGAAUGUUCUUGUGGUAGAAAAUGGCCAGCACCGAGUGAAUGGGUAACGAUGGAGAAAAGAACACGGGGUUGAAAAUGUGUUCCCAUGUGUGUGCUGCAUUUGUGUAGCGCUGGAACGAAUCUCUCUAGAAAUGGUAGGGCAGCCGCCGGCCGCCGACAGCACACGUGGCGUCGACGGCUUCUUGCAAGUAUUUUCUACGGGGUAGCCUUUAUAUCGAUGUGUAAUGUCUUUGUGCGUAUUUGUGAGAGCCAAGUGAAAGACCAUUGCUGCUACUGAUGCGACUAGUGACCUGUGUCGCUCCCCCCUCCCCAAGUUCUCGAGUUCCCAAUGUUCUUCCUACUCCUGUCGUGGUGGUGAUUUUGUGCGAGCUGUCGUUGUCCUUCGCUUGCGAGACUCUACUGUGUCGUUGCCAGUGCUGCCCCCCCCCCCUUCCCCAUUACUUUUUUUACACAUUGUGCGUGUACAUCUUGUUUCUUUUUCACCAGCUUGAAGCAAUCUAGCGGAAAAGAAACUUGUUUGCGUGUAAUUUAAUGCCUCCUCUGUACAUAAAUAUAUACAUAUUAUAUAUAUAAAUUGACAUAUAUAUAUAUAUUGCGUCCAUGUGCGUGAGCAUGUCAAGUCACGUGUAUACAGUGUGGAGAAAAGAAGCAAGAAACAAUCUUUGUAUACUCUCGAUGAGCUCACAGCAGCUUGAUGACAUUUCUGUUUUCUUUGUUUUAUCUCUGUGCGGUUUUGUGCUUGUUGCAUCGUAUAAGCCGAGCACACCUGCAGCUGCAUGGGCAGCCUAUUCCCGAGUCAGUUCAAACAAAAAAGGCAGCGUCUACUUUUGGCUUGAAUGUGUUAUUUUAUUGUUUUCUUAGAGAUGGGUAUUACUAUGCACGACUGCCAUACAUUGUUUUACUGUUGCUUUUAUUGAAUGUGUUAGGCUUGUCCAUUUUUUUUUUUCCCCAAGAUGACUGCACAUUUUCAAUUGCACAAAGCUUUUGUGACAUCAUUUACAAGUGUUAGGUGGAAGUGGUAAUGAUACACUUGUAAGCGGAUAAAAAAAAACAAAACAAAGUAGCAUGUCCUGUUCUGUUAGUUAGAAGAGCACAUUUUUGUCCCUACCACCUUUACUUUUAGAACAAAUUUUUUUCUAAUGAUAAUAUUUGUUUAUCUGUAAGCAUUACACUUCUACAAUAAAGCAAAUUUGUCUAUAUAUAUAAACGGA